UUUGUCAGUUUGAAUUGACAUUGAGCUUCAUAAAAGUAUGUCGGUUCUCGAAUAAGAAUGAAACUCCUAGAUCUCUGUUGUUCACUUGUUAUUUUCAGAAUAACUCUCGCCGUAAAUGAUCCAACGUGUACCUUCGCCAACUACCCCUUCGUCAUCGGUAUCAAAGAAACAUUUUCUUUCAAACAUGUGUGUGGAGGAUCCUUAGUCAAACCUAACACAGUUCUCACCCUUGCCAGUUGCGUGAUCGAACGGAAGGACAUUCCUGGAUUCUUCACCGCUGUUGCUGGACCUUCCUCUAUCGGUCGAGUAGGUUCCCAAAGGAUCAUUGCUCAGAGAGUGGUUGUCCACAAGAGAUUCGACAGAAGUCGAGGAAUGAACGAUGUUGGACUCCUCAUUUUGAGCAGCAAUUUUGAGCUAUCGAAUUUGGUGUCCGUCGUGAGGAUACCCGAACAAUAUAUCGCGGAAGACAUUGGAAAGAGGCAUACCAGAGGUGUUGCGAUCGGCUGGGGCCCCUAUCACCCAGGAAAACGACUGACGGACGACAACAGGUACCUUUUCAACCCUAAACUGAACUGCAUUCGUCUGACCAUACUGAGCGAAAGCAAGUGCAAAAUGGUGAGGAAGGGUUUCGGAUACGAACCUAAUAAAAUAUGUGCUUGGGUACCUCAAGGUGAUGAAGAUUUGUGUCAAGGUGAUGCUGGCGGGCCACUGGUCAGCAAUGGUACUCAGUAUGGAAUAGUUUCAGUUGGAUUUGGUUGCGAUUCUACAAAGAGUCCAGCGUUCUAUGAAAGGAUAGAUCGAGUCCUCGAUAUAUUUAUGCAGCCUUACCAGAUAGAUAUAGAAUAUAGAUCGAUAUCAAUAAGAUAUCAGGCUUGUAGUGUUACGUUUAUUUCAGUAGUUUGUUCAAUUUAUAUGAAUUAAUACACAGAAAGUG